UACUGAAGGUAGACUUAAAAUUGUCGAUUACCUACAAGGUAGUGCACCUACACGCAAAAAUAUUGUAACAUUUUGGAGAGCAGGAUCGGUCUGUUUGUACACCUUACUUUUGUCAUCACAUAUUUGGACAGCGUGACUAAUUUUGAAUUUAUAUUAAUAGAUGCACUACAAGGAUUUGUUAAAUUCGCAAUAUUAGUCAAUACACAGAAAUGUUAAGACACAAUAAUGUCGUACCGUCGCAUAACAUAGUAGCAGACGAGCCUGUAACUGUCGGAGUUGGAGAUGGAGCUCUAGAGCUCGAACCACCUGAAGAGGGCGCCACUAUCGAAAACCCGCCAAAUGGAGGACAUCGAGCUUGGUUCAUAGUUCUUUCCAGCGCUUUGAUAAAUGCGUUGCUAGGCAUAAUGGAGAUGUUGAAAAUCAUCUCUAUUUUUAACGACAAAAUGUCGUCUGAUACCGGAAUUGACACACAUACACAAGCAGAAAUACUUUUACAGUUCAUGGCACUUGUUAAUCUGUAUGCUCCACUGGGUGCAAUUGUUAUGAUUCAUUUUGGUUACCGGGCAACAGUUUGUAUUGGAGCCGGUAUCGUCAUGGUAACCGUUAUCAUACUAUCUCAUCUUAAAGAUGAUACCGAAGACGCUGUAAAAUUCUUUCUUUAUGGACCCGGCGCAAUAGGGAUGAGUUUCAUCAAAGUAGGCGCAUUGAUCCCAGUAUUAGAAUAUUUUUCAACAAAGAGAAUGACAGCUUUAUUCUUAUCAAGACUUGGGACAUAUGCUGGACAGAUUAUCUUUUCCCUCAUACAUAUACUAAGUUCAUCUGACAUUAAUUGGAGGGCUUAUUUAAGGGGCUGCACAGGGUUAUGUAUCGGAAUAGGACUGCUCGGCUUAACGUUACAGGAACUUAAACUCAACAUGAAAGAUGGAACAGGAACAUUUGUUGCAAGGACCCUUGGUGUUGGAAGUAAACAAAUUUUUAAGAGCACACUAUUUUGGUCAACAUGUGCUAUAUAUUUCUUUUAUCAAUGGGGCAUUGAAACGCCUCUAGGUCAAUUAAGCUCAAUGUCUGACCACCUGGGGAUUGAGAAAAAGGUAGGACAGAAUCUCGUGUACGUAUUAAGUCCGGCCUUCGGCAAACUAUUUGGAAUGUUUUUAGCAUGGAUAUUCAAGAAAGUUUACUAUGAGGAAAAGAGCCGACUGCACAUGGGAACAUUGGAGAAAGACCGCAUGAUAGUAGUUUUUCGUAUCUUAUUUGUGGCAGCAUUUAGUAUGGCUAUUGGGUGCUUUAUAGCGCCUAAAGCAGUUAACUUUUGGUAUUUCUUCCCAUUUAGUAUCCUGUUUGCGGCUUUGUUUGCAUUUUGCGAAGGUUUACGAGAUGAUGCUGUACCGGAAGAGUUUGGAAAGGAAAAUGUGCGAAUUGUUGAAGGACUUAUCCUGAUGUUUGCUGGUCUUGGUGGUGUUAUUACAAAUGAAAUUGGAGCUGAUAUUGAAGAUGACGAUGAUGAUAACUGGAAGAAACUAUUCUAUUAUGGUGGUGGUAUGUUACUUCUGUCAACAUCUGUUACAAUGACUGUUCUUGUAUUAAUACAAAGCAGUAGUAUACCGUCCAAAUUUAAAAGCAACGCCGUUCUCCCAUUGAACCAAAUUAAUGAAGGAUUUACUGGUAAAAAAAGUAAAAAGACCACUGUCGUAAACACAACGUUACAACAGCAGCCCGGAGCAUCCACAAACAGCAAUGGCGGUUUUCAAAAUAAAGACACCAGAUCUGAAACGGUUGAUAACCAAAUUGUACUCCCAUUGAACCAAAUUAAUGAAGGAUCUACUAGUAAAAAAAGUCGAAAGACCACUGUCGUAAACACAACGUUACAACAGCAGCCGGGAGCAUCCACAAACAGCAAUGGCGGUUUUCAAAAUAAAGACACCAGAUCUGAAACGGUUGAUAACCAAGUUGGCGGAAAUGGAUUUCAGGAGCCAAAUACAAUCAUUCAAAAUCAGGCAGGUAGUUUCCAGUACCCUCAACAACAACAACAGGCGGCUAUGCCAAUUCUCUAUCUACACAGCAGCAUACAGCCUGCACCAGAACAAGCAGUAUUUAUAGGUAAUCCACACAUGAAUGCCCAACCUUAUCUGGAAGCGUCAGUAUUUCUGCCAAAUCAAAAUGGCAGCUUUAUACCGUAUCUAAUUCAAGCCAGACCGCAGCAGACGGUUCAGAAUGAUGUCCCACAAAAUCAACCACAAUGCGUUGUUACCACACAAGACCUGCAAUAAUUUGGUUUGAGGAUAUUUUUAAAACAUUUCAAAAAUAUGUAUGCAAGAAUGGCGAAUAUUCCAACUUGU